CGAGGCUGCUGCAGCGAGCAGCUAGCAAGUGGUGUAAGUGAAUCUUUUACGAAGGCGAACUACAACACCGAGGAGUCGUUUCUGUUGAAAAGCUAUCAUCAUCAGGAGGAGGUGGUGUCGUGUAGCUCGUUUUCAAGAUGUCUUCCUCUGAUGCCAAACCCGGCGAGCAGAAGCCGGACCAAAAUAAAUCCUCGUCCAGCUCCUCGAUGUCUGUUGGAGUUUCCGUCGCAGGUACAACUACCGGAGGACCCGGACAAGCGCGGCCCUGUCUCAUUUCAAGUACCAGCUCGAACACCGGACGACCACUCGAAAAUAAGCUCCUGCUGACCCCUGCAGUUUCACCUGCCGGCAGCCCGGGGGCCGCCGAAGCCGUAGUUCCGUCGAGGGACGAUCUUGUCGGAGGUGGCCAAAAUUCGUCCUCCGCGCGGCGACCCUCUCCGCCAGCUUCGGCCGCUGCCAGCAAAGCGAGCAAUGCAUCAAAUGUUAGAGCUGCUCAUCUUGUUCCGAAGCAGGCCGCAAAUAACGCUAGGACCAGCACUCGCGCGAUGAAGACAGCAGCGGCAAAACCUGCUGGUGCAGCAGCGGUGAAUAAAACGCCAGCUGGUCCUCCCCGUGCUGCGAAGCACGCUACGAGCAAUGGACCUCGAUCUUCCGUGGCGCUGUCCACAAACAGCAAGACCCCGGGACUUGGAAAACUGUCUACCGGCGGCGGGAAAAAGGCCAGCACGGUGGGCGAAGUGAUCGAGGAGGGAGAUUGGAUCAAGGUGGUGAAGAAGAAGCACCCGCUGGCGAACAUGGAUAUCACACAGAAAUAGAAAGCGGGCAGGUGGUCACAUUUGUGAUGCGAAAAUUAAAAACAGACCAACAAACGGAAAAAUCUCCAAUUGGCGAGCCCAUAGCCUGCUGUGUGAGACAUUGUGCAAGAGAGUUAGUUCAUCAUCUUGGUUUGUGUGCGCUUAUUUUUGCAGUAGUGGUAACUGUAGCUUUUUUCUGUGUGAUAAUGGAAGCAGGCUACGUAGUACACGUGGAAACGGAAAGGAAACCGAUGACAUACGUAUCUUUAUCCGAUAAAACCUUCAUGCUGAUGUCUGCUGCUCCGGCGCUCUUGCAUAAUUAUUCUUCAAAGCAUAGUAGUUCGCAUUCACUUUCAUCAGAUUUCCGUGCCUAUUUCGUUUCUAACAUGAUUUUGCAACCUUUAAUUCACGACCCAAAACAGACCGUGAUCGUGCCCAACAUCCUGAGCCUGCAGUUCCAAUCUUUCGGAAACUUGAAGAAAUUCCGCGAGGAAUCUGUGGAGAAACGGUGGGCGGUGAAAACGGUGCCGAAUGAGAUCAUUGAAACCAAAUUGAUCGAGGCACUGGGAUUGGAACGUACCUAGUUGCUUUGUUGGAAUUGGUGUAGUUCAGGACCACCUUGUUUGCAUGAUUCGUCUUUGCGUGCAGGUCCACCCUGCAUGCAGUCAAAUUACUUAACAAGAUCAUUAACAUGAUGAUGACCACGUGGCAAGUAUGUCAUGUAAUUUUUCUAUGUCUAUGUCAUGGAAAUUGAAGUGAAGCUGGCAUGAUUUUUCUACUGUAUCGCAACUUCCAAAAAGGCACCUUCGACGACGAUGAGGAGGAGGAGAGCGAGGCAGAAGGCGAGGACGCCGCUCAUCUUCUUGGCAACCUACAAGAGGAGGACCAGCAUGUAGUUCUGGAGGGAAAUGCUGAUGGUGCUGGUGAUCGUCCACGAAGAAACCCCCUUGCUGCAGGCGCUGGACCACGACCUGCUGGUGCCAUCACUGAUGAUGAAGCACAAGGAAGAAUCAUCGCUGAAGUCCCGCGCCCAACCACCGCAAUUACUUCUAGUAGCAGCAACUUUGAUGUUGAUGUGCAUGUGCCUCCAUCGUCAUCUGGGGUAUUCAAUCGAAGCGCACAGAACGACCAAGUAGAUGAUCUCUCGCACGAUGGGCAGGGAAGCGUCGUCGCAUCAAAGGCACCGUUGCAGCAAGAUGCUGGUGGCCUUGUCGAUUCGGGAGAUGCAGCGCCUCGGGACGAAGUGGCACAACUUGCUCCAUCAAAAAGUAUGGAGUCGUUACCUCAGUCCAUCCUUUCCAACCCGCCGUCCGCAGUCCGGCCAACGAGGAAAAACUCCGGCAGGAAGCGCACGGCAGCUGUCAAUGUGCGGUGGGAUGAAGGUAUGAUGAUGUCGUUGUACGUCUGUCUAUCUUCCGUUGAGCGAAGAUAUUAGGACAUGAAGUAGCCCCCGGCGCAAAAACGUCUACCUACCAGUAAUAUCAGCUGAGUGAUAUUACUAUUACGACAUGAAGUAGCCGGAGCAAAAACUAUUCUCUUUCAGCAUGGUCGUGUUGGCGUGAUUUUUUUGAUGCGUAGUGAUCAGAAUCCGAAAUAGUAAAGUAGAGCCGAUGAAUGAGUAAAAUAAUAUCAACUUCUUGCACGCCAGACGUCGAAGUUCUCGAGCCCGCUCCUCCGCUGAAGAAAGCAGUGCUCAGCAGCCAAAAGAGUAAAACCGGCGCUACUGGAGGCGUCGAACAGACCCAAGAAGACCAAGAUGCCCAAGUUGACAAUCUUGGUGGCAAUGAAGCGUCUUCUUCAUCAGCUUCUAGUUUUGCUGCUAAUAUCACCGCCGACCAGGAUGCAGAUGAACAAGAAAAUAUUACUGGCGACCCGAGUCUACUUGACGACAACCAAGCAGCCACCUUCGAGAGCUGCGACUUGAAGAUCAAUAAACUGAACAACAAAGCGCGCAGUCGCAGCAACUCCAAGCAAUCCUCUCCUGGCGGCGCGAACAAGAAAAAUUCCCGACCGGAUUCCGCGAAUUCGAAAAGCAAAAAGAACCUCUCCAUGGUCACACCGCGCCCCAUCCGGAAGUCGUUUGCCGCGAUCGGUGUGAAAAGGAGUGGCAAAAACGGCGAGACAAACAACAGUCCGGUGCCGAACAGCGAGCAUCGGAAGACCCCCGGGGCGGACUGGAUGAUUCCCUCGCGAAUGUCCAGUGCGCGGAAGCGGAAGAAUAUCCAAGAAAAAAACUGUGUAAGUGUAAAUUUGUGUUGCAGAACAUGCAACAGAGUUACACCUGUCAUGCCAGACAGCCAUGAAGUCCGCUUUUCAUGUGUGUUUUCCCUUACAAGCCACACAUGACAGGUUUUCUCUGUCAUGUAGAGCAAAUUUGUGAUGCUGUUUCUCACAAAAAGUUACACUUACACACUUUUUUUCCUGGAUAAAGAAGUUCGACAGGAUGGAGAUUGUGGGGCACGACAGCGAGGAGUGUGAGGAAAACGAGCACAGCGAAGAGGAGGACCACGUGAAUCUCAAAGAACUGCUCGGAGAGGACGACGGCAGGGGGCGGUCCGCUAAGAGAAGUGGCAACAUCAAGAAUAAACUGCUUCGCAGUGGUAAAAAAGAGAUAACGCAGUAUGACGAAGAAGACGACCUUCUCCUGCUCGCCCGGCAAAACCGGCACUUGAACUCUUCGUCGAAAAAAUUCCGGGACGACGGACCGGCCAGUUGCUCAAAGAGGCUGGACAUGGAGGCGCGGCUUGUGGGCGAGUUGGAGCCGAUGCGGGACCUCUCCUCGGUGGCUCUGAUGAAGGAAAGCGAGGUAGACGCUUGCUUCGUCCCGCGGAGCCAAAACUCGAGUAUUUUUCACUCUAUGAUCGACGAACCAAGUUGCAGCUCGCCCAAAAACAACGGCAGCGAAGUGGCGGUGGAGCUACAUCAGAAGGAAGUUGCAGCGCCGUCGACCAAUGAUCGCGACGAAAUAUUAAACGUUGCUGGGGGUACUAGUGGUCCUGCUUCGCUCCUACACAAGAAGGAUUGCUACAACGACAAGGUUUUCUCAGACGACGAGGAACAAAGCAGUAAGCACGUUCUGGCGAGGAGAAAUGCAAAGUCUUCUUCUUCCAAAGUUUUCCCUGCAGUAGAGGGCGAAGAAGUACUAGAGUUGUUGUCUGGAAAAAGAGACGAGCAGGAUCAUGGUCGUGCAGCUGCAGGAACAAGCUCAAGCUGCAAAAAAAUGCAGCUAUCCGCGGAAGAAAGUCGUGAUCCCGUGUUGAAGAAAAAGUCCUCAAAGACAAGGAACAAAGAGAAAAACGCGUCCAUCAGCUGCUCCGGGCCAGCAGUCGACGCGUUAGAGACGAGUAGGGUGGAAGAGCAGGAAGACGGAGUCUUUUCGUCGCCGAAAAGAAAAAGACUUGUAGGGGCGACCUCAAAGAUCGGCGUGGCGGAAGACAAAGACGAAAAGCUGCAAAUGAAAGAUCUAGAUCAUAAACAAGCCCCCGCCCUCGCGAGGACCGUGCACGACCCGCAAGAAGAAUUGCCGCACCUACUACAGCAGGUGACGCCCUCGAUUUCUGGGUCAUCUUCGUCCUCCAGCUCGUCCUCCUCCAGCCGUCCUGUCAACAUCGGGGUUGUAGUUGCCGCGCAUGGUCAAGAGCAAGGUCAUGCGCCAAGCAGCGUUUUUGUUUCUGGAGGUGCAAACAACAACCAGGUUCUUGGCCCUGAUGUGCCGCGGCCAGCACAACCCGAUAUAAUGCAGGUGGACCUCCAGCAGCUGCGCCGUCCGGAUGCUGAAGAGCAGGCGAAUAAGAAUCUCCUACCAGUGCUAGCAGCUACUGACCAGUGGAAAAGUAAAAAGAUUGAUACCUCCGAGCAGCAAGAAAAGAGCCUGAGUCACCUGCUUUUCUCUGCCCCGCACAGCGGUAGUCACCACCGCAGAAGUUCGAGUUUUGUCGAAAACGAGCAAGAGCUCUCCAGUGCGGAAUCCAGCAGCUUUAACCGGUUUGAAACGGAGAGCAACAGCGACAUCCAGUGGAAGAAAAUCCAAUUGUAUCCAAAACAUUUUGAUAUUGAUGUUCUCGUACACGACCGCCAAAUGAUUUAUGCUGUAGGUUUCAUCUGGCCGUGCAUCUCCAUGUCCUGCGCCCAAAGCUGCUUGCGGCGACGGUGCAAAGGAUUUUCUUUUGGAUGUGGCGCAGGAGUCAGGUGUGUAUGACGGCCUUUGCUUCAACCUCUUCUCCGCUUGGCAGGUGGCAUGCUGUGGUUCUUAUAUGGCAAAAUUUUUGAUUUAAGUACUGAAAUUUAAUGUUUGCAAUUACAAGUACGUGUGCGGGGAUUUAUCUGUAUUGCAUAAGUCGCACGAGUUUCGGAAGGAGGAGCGGAAAAGAGCGGAAUACGGGGAAAGGAGCUGCACGAGGGAAUCGCUACUGCCGGAAUUUCCUCAGAUAGAGGUGGAGGCAGCUGCUGCCGCUGCUGCUGCGACAAGAAGAGAUACUGGAGUAAUGGACGUCGAAGAACAAGCGGAGCAGCUGCAGACGAACGUCGAGCGAGAAACAAGGAUAAGAAAUCAUGCUGCUGGUGUACUAGAUGUAGAUGCAAAUGACGCAUCACAAGCCGCUCGACCACAUCCUCUUCCUGCGGAGCAGCUUUCCGCGGCUGCUACGGCCACUGAGAAGGAGAAAUCCGCUAGUUCUACGCUGGCAGGAACAUCAGCAGCUUCUGCCUCUUCCUCGUCUUCACAAUCAGCUGCGCAGGCGUCUCUUGAUGCGCCACGACCUGGAGCAGGUCUCGUAGAUGCUGUGUCGGCAACAUCGGCCUCCUCGGCUUCUAGUACAACCUGUAACAAGCGCCCGGCUAGGGCUGAGAGGGAGCGAACCGAAGAUGUUGAGCAGCAGAUGUUGAAGCCGCAAAACGUCGUGGUAGAAGAAGACAUCAACCUAGAAGCAGGAGCAAUCCAGGCAGCCCCACCACGACCUCCCGCUGCGGCUGUCGAUCUUUCCCAGCGAACAAAGCAAAAAUCUGGUGGGGACCACCACGUCGAGCAUGAUUCCGCUAGCACUGCGGUUCUUGCCCAAAUAAACAUAAAGCCCGCGCCGGCCGCUGCUUGUUCAUCUGAAUGUCCACAGCCAGACGGCCAGGACCUUCCUCGAGGGACGAAAUCAGUGGCGCAGGAGCAAAGUGAAUUAGCGCAAGCUGCAGAGACCGCCGCUGCAAAGAGACGGCGAAAGGAGCCCACGACCAGCACCGGGAUAAACUUAAACAAAGAAACGUCGUCGACCACCACGUCCAAUAUAUCUGCAACGGGCUGGAAAAACUUUCAGAGGGAAAUGCGCAGCAAAAACUUCACCGGGGCCGGAUCGUCGUCCUCGUCGUCCAGUGCAGCAGGUAUAGAAUUACUUUUGUUUUCUACGUGCUAAUCUGAAGUUGUCUACGUGCUAACUCGCUGUUUUUAGUUUGUGAUUUGUAUAAUUAAAAAAAAAAUUACUUUUGUUUUCGCUCGACGGGAUUAUUGCAAUAUCGACGGUUGCUCCUCGGUGCGAUGCUUUCCAAUUUUAAAGUUGUAUUUCGUAAGUGCUGCAAUUGCAAAUCUUCAUAUUCAUCGGAACAAGAAGAAGACUCUUCUUGCUGAUCGUCCUCGACCAAACACAAGAACUUUAUUCUACCAGGCGCUUCUUCUUCCAGUGUAGCCCAAGGGUCGACCGCCCCACAGCACACGGCCGCAAGCGCUAUCUUCUCCAAGCCGGUCCUCUGCCACAACAAAACUUCUGCCGAUAUUAACAAGAAGUUGAAGAAGCAGGACAAAGUUCUGAGUUUCCGCGAAAAGAUGGCUUUACCCGCAGAGCCGUUGACCGCAAAGCUGAUUAAACUGAGGUUGGGGAAAUUCGAGAAGCAGAAAGAACAGCAGCAGCCGAUGAAGAAAGUACAACUACCUCUACCGGCGGCUGGGGCUAAUAUUAAGGCAUCCGCACCAUCAUCUUCAUCUUCCAGUACUUCUUCUAGAACAACCGCAACCGCAACUGCACCAGCUGCAAACACGUCUAUCUCGUCGUGUCCUUUUACGAUUCCGCAGUUAGAGGAGGCGUCGAAGAGAAUCGCGGACUGCUACAACGAAACAAUCGCCGGGAUAGACCCAAACGAUGAGAAGAACAAGAAGUUCAUUUUCCGACAACACAAGAAGGAUUUACUCCUCGCGAAAACGCAGGUGACGGAACAGCAACUGGCGUGGCUGGAAAAUUUGCAACAGAUUCAGAUCAGCAAAAACAUGAUCUUCUUUUUGCAGUGGAAUAAGAAGAAGUAGGCCGAAAGUACUAAGAGGAUGUAGUUGCUUAUCUCCGUGUUUAUUAUUUUUGCAGCUGUGCAGCCGCGUCCUAAUUUUUAUUUUUGAGAAAUGAAAGAGAAAGAAUGAAAGACAAACGAGAAAUACUCCCUUUCCUUCUGAGCUAUUUUCACGUGUAGUCAAAAACGUUUGUAAACAAGCAGCACAAUUAUAAUUUUCCCAAAGUGCUGACUUUUUUAUCAACUUCAACAUCUUCCGGAUAAUAUCACUUAACGUCUAUGAGUCUACGACCAGGACCGCGGCGUCGGUUAGUUUACUAGUAGUUGGCGAAGAAUGUAACGACAUACGGAUAAAAGAAUAGCAAAUGAUCGCGACCGACGCUAAUCUAGUCGCCCACUUUCCCCGCGACGACGUAUUGGGCUCUUUACAGACCGGAUCCAUGCAGACGGAAUAAAGCUGGACAGACGUCGCGUGUAACUGGGCUGUAUAGUGACCAAUUAUGAUUUUCGCAUCCUAUACAGAGUCCGCUUUUGGAGACGAAGUCAGUCUUAAAAAGACGUAUGGCGAGUAAAUGAAGAUGUGGCAAAAAAAUGCGUACAACUCCCGAAGUACAACGGCUUUUGCGACAAAACCAAAACGACACCGGAUCUAUUCAGAGGCAGAAUUAGAAGCCGACGGCUGACCCAUUCAUCGACGGGCGCUAGCUAGCAGCGUGCCCGCCCACAACUGUCUGCCCUUUGGCAAGCAAGAGCGUACGACUCUGCGCUUCAAGACUCUGCAC